AGAAUAAUGAAACUGACGAGUCUGUGCAUCUUAUACUUUUGUGUAUUAACAAAAGCGACAAGUUUGUUCCCGUCAGUAGUAUCUGAAGAUGUAAAUUUGAAUUUCACUGGUCUCGCAAAGAAGUAUGGGCACCCUGCCGAAGAACAUAAAGUUGUCACUGAAGAUGGGUAUAUUCUUACUUUAUUCCAUAUUCCUGGAAAGAGAACCACUCCUUUACUUCUAAUGCACGGGACAGGAGAUCAUGCGGAAAGUUUCUUAUUACGAGGAGAAAAGUCUUUAAUAAUCACAUUAGCAGAAGCUAAUUAUGAUAUUUGGGUCGGAAAUCUAAGAGGAAACAAAUACGCCCGAAGACAUGUCAAAUUGAAUCCAGAUGAAGAUCCCGAAUUUUGGAAUUACAGUUUUCAUGAAGCCGGUCUUUAUGACCUACCUACGACUAUCGAUUAUGUUUUAAAUGCGACACGAAAAGGAAACUUGAAAAUGAUAGGCCAUUCACAGGGAACAACAAUUAAUUUCGUUCUUUUAUCUUCAAAACCAGAGUACAAUGAUAAGAUUAAACUGCUAAUAGCACUGGCUCCAGUCGCUUUUUUGAACAACCUAGCGCCACCUGUGUCAACUCUUUGCGAAGUAGGACCACUAAUCGACGAAUUUUCGAAGAGGCAUGGAAUAGAAGAGCUCCCUAGUAAAAAAAUACCAGUACCAAAGUUCAACAAUUUAGAAUGUAGAGGAGGGUCAAAAGAUCACGUACUGUGCAUAUUUUUAGCAGUAUUUUAUUCAACUUUCUUUGAUGCCAAGACGAUAGAGCCUGAUUUUUUUCAAAUUAUAUUAGGACAUUACCCAGGCAACACUUCAAGAAAAACCCUAGUUCAUUAUAACCAAAUUGCAUUGCGCAAAAAAUUUUCAAGUUUUGAUUACGGUGUUGAAGAAAACUUUCAGCGUUACGGAAAAGGAUUGCCUCCUGAGUAUGAUUUGCAAAAAGUGACUGUUAAAACUGCAUUACUAAUUGGAAGAGAAGAUCGUCUGGCAACAGUAAAGGAUGCAGAGUUAAUAAGGAAAUUGCUUCCUAAUGUUGUUUUGUUCCACCUAAUGAAGCCCAAAAUGUGGAAUCAUAUCGAUUUCAUUUGGAGAAACGACAUGAAUGUGUAUUUGUUUCCUACUAUAUUAAAGCUACUAGAAAAGUAUGACUGACUGGGUUUCUAA